AUGUCCAGCACGGUUACUGUUACCAAAACGGAAUCACAGCCCGUCAAAUCUGAGAUUGUCGGUCUCGUCCCCAAGCCCGCCGGUCCAAACAGACUUUUCAACGAUGUCAAUGCAAAAUUUGGCGAUUGGAGAGAUGACUUGCUUCGGGAUGGCUAUGUCGUGGUAAAGGGCGCGGUGCCGCGUGAGAGGGCAGAAAAGUACGCCGAAGAGAUGUAUUCAUGGUUGGAGAACUUUGCCGGAGGGCUUGGCUACAAGCGGGAUGACCCGUCAACCAUCAAGGAGGAGAACCUGCCCAUCAUCAACGAAAAGGGCAUGGUUUUCGGAUACGGAAUCCACCACGAAAGCUUUACCUGGGACAUCCGACAGGAGCCCGGCGUGACUGAAGCGUUUGAGCGCGUCUACGACACUCCAGACAUCAUCGUCUCGUUUGAUGGCGUAAACAUGACCUUGCCAGGCCGCACAGAUAUCAAGCCCAACACCCCUUGGCCUCAUCAAGACCAAGACCCUGAAAAGCCCGGCUUCCGCUGCCUCCAGGGAAUCGUCAACCUCCUACCAAACGGCGAAAAGGACGGUGGUUUGAUCGUGUGCAAGGGCGCUCAUCUGGCCAGCGAAGAAUUCCACAAGGAAUUCAAAGGCGAGCCGGACAAGAUUUGGGCGUGGACCAAGGAGUGGUACGGCUUCACCGAAAAAGGCAUGGAGUGGCUCAAGAACAAAGGGUUCGAGUGGGUCAAAGUGUGCGCCGAGCCAGGAGACUUGCUGCUCUGGGACUCGCGGACGCCGCACUACAACGUCAGCCCCGAGGGGAGCCUCCCCAGGUUCGCCACCUACACCUGCUACAUGCCCGUUGCCGAGGCCACGCAAGAGGACCUGGUCAGGAAGAAGGGCGCGUGGGAGAACCUGCAGAGCACGACGCACUGGCCCAACGCCAUGCACGUCGGUGGCCUGCCUACCCUCCGCAACGGUGAGCCCUGCCCCUACAACACGGGCAAGCCGCGACGGGCGCCCGAGCUCUCGGAGCGGGGAUUCCGUCUCACGGGUGUGCCGUACGUGCAGGAGACGGUUGAAAUCAAGGCUUGA